CUGGCCAGGGUAGAGCAGAGUGCCCUGCCAACUUCAGUUGUGCCACACAGCCUCACCGUCUUCUCUUACACUUCAUCUCCACAAUUGUCGGUUCUCAGCCUACGAGUAUUUCACGUCUGCAUCCAUGAUGUUAAAAAACUAAUUUUAUUUUAACAUUGGCAUAUGCAUAUGAACUGUGUAUAGAAGAGCGACGGACUGUUGAACAUACGGCUGAAAAUAUAUAGUAAGGAUGAUUGAUCGAGGCAACUCCUAGAAACGUCUAAAAUAUUGAUAAAAGGCAUCACAAGAUCAACCUUAUCUUCACAAAAGUGUCGUGCUACUAUACAACAUCUCGUUCAGUAAUCAGAAGAAACCUCUGAAAAAACUGCGUAUCUGUAAGAACAACUGAUCAUGCCGCCACAUAAAGAAGUAAAUACUCUCCAAGCAUUCGCUAAGGAUAAAGUACUCUACAAUGUGUGUGCCGUCAUUCUCGAUGAGAUUUACUUCGGUCAGGAUGAAGACUGGGAAAUCUACGGCCCUCCUGCCUUGUCUGUACGACUAGGGUUAGUGAGAGACGUCCUUAGCAGUUCUCUCAGUCCGGGGAUUCUUGAGGACUUGCUCAACACUAUCCUCUCGCGAGACGAAGCUGUAGAAGCCACUGUCAGAUACCUCGCUAUCCAACUUCUUCUUGUGGAAGGUGUGCGCAAUUUAACGAUUGGAAAUUUCCCAGAAUCUUAUUUUGCACUAGUGUUGGAGGCAACAGCUAAGAGCGGUGCAGGCAUCCAACAGCUUGAUCUCCGUGGAUUGUGGGUAAGGGAUGAGCACAAAUAUGCUCUCAUCAGGACACUGCGUAAGCUUUGUUGCAUCAGACGACUGACAUUGCGCUAUUGUUGUGACGAUGAGAUGCUGGCUACAUUGGGCAAGUACUGUGAAAACCUGCAGAAGCUGGACGUGUGUGGGUCACGGGCGAUCACUGAGGCUGGUCUGAAGAACCUCUGUGAUAAUCCAUCCCGUGUUGCCUGGGGUUAUCUCACGGAAACUCUGCAGAUUGUUGACCUGGGAGGACCCGGGGCCCAGGAACUGCCUCCUCAGCUCCCCAGCUACCUGUUGCUUAACCUCCCACAUCUGGUUAGUCUCGGCUCAUAUGAACGAACAGGUGCUGCAGUUGAGCUUGCACUCCAGACGAAACCAAAUAAGCAAUUUGCCUUACGAUAUAUGCAUGACGUUUUCACCUCUGCCAGUCGAUACCAUGCCAUCAUUAAAGCUUGUCCCAAAAUACAAGCUAUUUAUCUGGAUAGCCCAAAGGACUCGGCCGUCCAUUAUUUAGAUAUGUUUCAGGACCUAAAAGAGGUAAAAUUACACAAAGUGAGGUGGAGUGAUCUGGAAAUCGCUCUUAAUAAAAUGGGAUCGCGUUUACGUAGCUUGUUUCUGUUAACAAUGUUUGGUCAAGUUGAUCUGUUAGACCUAGGGAGACUCUGCCCUAACUUACUUCGUCUUGAGAUCCAUCAAGCAUCACUUGUAUGUUCUGAAGUAGAACACCCCACUGCCUUCAGUAAAGUCCGUGAGCUGCUUAUAUACACAAGUCAGUUAAGUACGUUCUGCGUCAAGGUGUUGUUGAAUCAAUGUAUCGCUCUUGAGCACCUGUGUCUGGGUGAGUGUGGUCAGCUGUCUGAUGAAGCUAUCAUCGCCAGCCUCAUGGACCAUUCUCUGCAAUACGUUCGAGAAAUCUGGUUUGGUAUAGCGGAGAACCUGACCAUGCAUACGAUAGAAGCACUACUGGAACACUGCCCCCGUCUAAUCAGUCUGGGUAACCUGGCCGCCUGGAGGGUUCAUCCUGAUGAUAUUGACCUGCUGAGAGUGCAGUUCCUCCUCACCAACACUGACCUCACUCUUCAUGAGUUCGGCCCACAAGAGGAUGAGUGGAUACCAAUGGUAGACGUUUGAUGCAUUAGUAUUUUAGAGUGUAUAACUUUGAUGAGGUGACCUCAGUAUCCCGUACGGCCAGCUUCCCUUACCUCAGUGCGCCCGAAAAGAAUAAUACAGGGUUUGACUUAAGUUUCUAAUGUAGUUAAGAAUCAGCACUGAAGAUUUAAAGGAAGUAGAGACAUUUCUAAAAUAUAUCGACACUAAGUUUGAAGCUGCUCAGAAGUUGCAAUCUCAAGUUACUGGCACUGAAGGUUUGAAACUCAUGGGAUGAAAAGCAGCGCUGUAUAGCCCUUGUGGCUUAGCGCUUCUUUUUUAUUAUAAUAAUAAUAAUGGGAUGAAAAAAUCAGGCACCAGCUUAGAGGUACCAUUAUGGGGAUAUCUAAUGGGUAUAGAACUGUGGUGUGACCUAUUCUGUUUUAUUAAAGGAAUACGGAAGUGUAAACUGAGUGCAGAACUGGUGUGACCUAUUCUGUUUUAUUUAAAGAACUGUAGAACUGUGAUAUGACCUAGUCUAGUAUGUAAAUGAGUGUGACACUGUAAUGUGACCUAGUCUGUACUUGUCCUAGAUCAGAAUGCUUCUAAAGUGAUGAAUGAUACACCAUUAACUGGCACACCAGUUAUCGCCACAGAAGAAAAGAGAGGCCACCAACUAAGAAGGGUAUUUAUAUGUUAAUACUAAUUAACUUCAAGGAACCAAAUGUGCUGCAACAAUAAGUGUGAUCCCUGUGGUUACUUCAAUGCACUGGUGGAGUCAGUAAGUGUAAUCUCGAAACCCAUCCAUUAUUUUUAUAUUGUGAACCUUUUAAGUGAAAUAUAUGGUUGCUGUUAGUUUAAGUUGGUUGAAUAGGUUUAUCCUGUACCCCAUACUCAUCCUGCGGACAGUGGUCAUGGCUGCUGUAUCACCAAAACUCAUAUAAUUCUGAAAAUUAUAAAAUAUAUUCUAUUAGUAUUCACAGUGUAUCGUUGUAAUUUUUUUUUUUACCUGAGAACUUCAAAAAGGCAUUUAAACAUUCCUUACACAAAUUAGUUGGUAUGAUCACAAGAAAAAUAUUUUCCCAAGUUGAAUUGUAUGAUUUCUCAUUAAGAAACUAUGUAUAAUCAUAUAUGGUUGUAAUAUUAAUAAUAAUAUUAUUAUUAUUACAGUAUAUUCUCAAAAAUUAGUGCUUAAAUUAUGAUUGCAAUGAAUUUUGAUCUUGAAUGAUAUGCUACACAUACUGAGCUACAAGUUUAGUAAUAAAACCAGCAAUAAGAUAGUUUGUUAAGUUUAGGGUUGACACCUACAGUGACUACAUAUUGGCCAUUAUGGCCACAAUCCACCUAUAUACUCUGCUUUACUCUCUAAAAUGGGAACUAAAAUAAAUAUUCAGUAUGUAUAUAUAUAUACUGAAUGAUAUAAAUGUAUGGUUGGUUGGUUGCAUUUAAAGCCUAUCACAUGAGGAUCAUUACUGCUGCUAGAAGUGGCAGCAAGGGUGGGUGGCAAAGGGCACUUAAGCCUCCCCAAAAAUUACAUCAACUUUGCAAAUCCAUCCCCAAAAUAAUAAUAAUGCCACUUCAAGACAGUUCCCUAGCCUCCUCUUUUUUCCAACCAGAUUCUCACCUUAAACCCCUCCUAUAUAAUACUUCUAGAGGCUACAUGUUCCCUUUAUGUCAGUUAAGGAUACCUUAAUGUAUAAAGUAGGCAUUAAGGUAAACUUUUAAAUGUAUAUUAACCCCUUGACUGUCGCAACCCCCAAUCCUGAGGUGUCUCCUGGUGUCGCAAAAUUUAAAAAAAAAAAAAAAAAUUUCUUAUGAAAUGAUAGAGAAUCUUUUCCCGAUUGUAAUGACACCAAAAAACGAAAUUUGAUGGAAAACUGACGGAAUUAUGCUCUUGCGAAGUUAGCGACCUCGGCGCUGUUUACAAAUCGGCGAUUUUGCCCACUUUGAGCCCUAUUUUCGGCUAAUUCUGUUGUUCCAGUCGCCCAAACUCAUAGCUAUUUCUUUAGAACUCCAUUUUUUCUAUUGAUUGAGUACAAGAAACUGCCCAUUUACCGAUUUCAACUACCUAAUAAUGUGGUCAGAAAUUUGCAUUAUUAUUAUUAUAAUCAAAAAGAAGCGCUAAGCCACAAGGACUAUACAGCGCUGCAGGGAGGACGGGCU